AAAUAAGUAAAUAUAUAUUUUACUUUGAUUUAUACAAAUAGCAAAGAAAAAUAUAUUGUUACCAUUUUUGUUUAUAAAUCACUGUUUGGACAAGAUGAAAAGUUUCCAGUUGUCAAUCUUUUAAAGUAUGAUAGUUUAAUAUGUUCAGAUUAGAACUACACAUGUAGCCUACAUUUAAAAAAAGAAAGAAAUUAUUGUUAAUAUUUAAGUGUUGGGAAUCUGAUAAAAAAUUAAAAGAAAAUCAGUCAUCACUUAUCAAUUACUUAAUUGAUUAUUAAUUAAAUAAAUGACAUUAUGUACAUUCUGUUUCCAGGAAUUUAAAUCUUUUACCAUAAUAUAUUAAGGUAGGCACAUUGAAGGCAUUAUUGAACAAAAUAAUUGAAAUGUCUGUUUAUUUCUAAUGAUAUUUCAAUUUGUUAUUUAAAUACUAAUUAAACAACAUGACAUUUGUGCCAAUGAUGUUGAGUUCAAGUGAUUGAUUAUAAUUUUAACAAAAAUUAUUGGUUGGGAUCUUCUGAUGUGAUGAUCAAUUAUAAAAUUCUAAGUUGAUAGCUGCAAAAAAUGUUAGCUGAAAUUGUUCGGAUCCUACAGUUUAGAUGAUGGGUUUUUGGUGGGGGUUUUUUCAUCUGUAUAUAAAGAAAACAAAUGCUGAACAGUUAUUAAAGGUAAAUUAGGGAUUUAUAGCAUCUUUCCUAAUAAUUCAAAUACUUCGUAAGUUCAUAUAAUUCAAACUGAUUAAAUACGAUCAAACUGUGAUCCUUGAUGCAAAUCGAUUUGUAUUAUGUUCACAAGAAACUGUUACUCUGUUGUUGCAGCUUACAUAGCUAACUCGGAUGUCCAAGGUCUAAUCCCAAUGGAUGAAGAAAUUCCUCCAAGAAGCGGCCAUGUUGCAGCCUGUGUUGGAAAUAAACUGUUAGUCUGGGGAGGAUAUCAGGACGAGAAUGAAGCAUCGGAUCGCUACCUGCCAGUAAAGGAUGUCUGGCUGUACAGUGUGGAGUUUAACAAAUGGACUAAACAGGUAACAAGCGGCCAGUACCCUCCAGGCCUGUCUGGUGCCAGUAGUUGUAUCUUAGACAAGUACUGGUAUAUUCUGUUUGGCCACAUGGAAAACGGCAACAUGAACAUGGUCUACAGACUCAAUCUACAGACGUUCUGCUGGGAGACGAGGGAGUAUCAUAGCACAGAACCAAGUCCAAGAGACAAAACAUCUGUGUGGGUUUAUAAAGACAAGAUAUAUUGCUUUGCUGGGUUCGGUCCUCCUGUUUUUAACUCUGAAUACCUUUGUGACUAUGGAGAAUUUUUUGAAGACCCAACCAUACAAUGGAGCCCAAUACGAUCAUGGAAUAACCAACUGUUAGUUUUUGAUCCACAAACCUGGGAAUGGUCCAACCCAAAAUGCAAGGGAUUUCCACCUGUGCCUAGAGCAGCACACGGGGCUGCCCUGGCUGGAUCAAAAUUGUUUGUGUUUGGUGGACGUCACGACAUGUCAAGAAGGAACGACCUACACUGUCUGGAUAUGACAUCAUUAACCUGGAGUGGAGAGUUGAAUCCGCUCGGAGACAUUCCUUGUGGUCGAUCCUGGCAUGCAUUUAGAGCAAUUUCAAACAGCAAAGUGUUACUUUAUGGAGGCUAUACCACUGACCAAAGGCCACUAGGUGAUGCAUGGCUUCUAGAUGUUGUGGCAUUACAGUGGACUCGAUUGGACAUACUACAGAAACAUACACGUCUGUGGCAUACGAUGGAUAUAACAUCAUCUGGGGACAUCGUCAUAUUUGGUGGCUGCAGCAAUGAUAUUCUCAGAAGUGACCUUCAGAGCCGUCAUGUUAAUGAGGUUGUACUCUUUAGAAUUGAGCCUAAGACACUGUUGAGAUGUUGCCUGGAGAUGGUGUUUAAACAUAAAGAGAAAACAAAGCCAUACUGGAAGAUGCUCCCAACCUUGUUACAACAGUGGCUAUGUCAAAGACUUCAUGCUCAAAACACAUCACCGCACCCUGCUCUUCACAUCCAGUGGCUGGAGUCGCCUGCCCUUGGCAGUUAACCAUUUAAAGGCUCAUUUUUGUGUUCAAAUAAUAGUGUUGGUGUUCUUUGGUGGGAAACUCAAAACUGUUUGGUAUCUAUAGCAAUUCUUCUGCUUCAGCAUUUUUAGAGGUUCCUGUCAGUUAUAAUUAGAAAGACAAACACAGUUUUGUUCAUAAAUUAAAGAUUAGUUCCACUCUAUUUUGGACAUAUUUUGCAGGGAAUGCAAUGGACAGAUUUACUUGAGUCUUUGGUCAAUAAACCCCCCAGGUCAAAUGGUUGAUAGAUUCACCUGUGGUAAAUUUAGUGUGUUCACUUUAUUUUACAAGAGACAGUUGUAAUUGAUAUGAUGUCAUGCACAAACUGAAUGAUUAUCAUUAAAAAAACAAUUCUGGAGAUAAUCAAAAUUAAACCCUGUCAUAUAUUUUGGACUUAUUAUAUUAAGUCAUAAAUAUCCCUGGAAUGAAAAUCUGAAACAUGUCCAGUGAAACCCGUGGAAACAUGACACUCUGUAAACUGGAAUACCCUCAAAACAUUUGUUUUUCAUAGUCCCUUUUUAAUUAUCUCUAAUCUGGAUACCCCUUAAAACCAGAUUUUUUACUUAGUCCCAUGGGUGUCUGUUUUAGAGGAGUUUUACUGUAUUAGUAUUAUGACUGAACAUCCAGAAAUUACCUUUUGUAUAUGAACGAUUUUAAUUUUAUUAGAAAUAUUACAGUGUCCAAACAGAUAUGAAAUUAAUUGCAAUUGACGAAGCUUGACUAUUAUUACAUAGAUCUGACAGUUGUGUUCAUACCUAGUGAAUAUAAUUAUGCUGUGCUUAGAUAAUGUUUUUAAAUGACAUCAUGAAGACAGUUUCUUACACACCUAUUGGUGAGAACAUCAUUCAUUAGUUUUAAUAACACCAUACUGUUAACACAUAUAUGUGUGAUAACAGUUUCAAGACAUACCUGGUCGCCAAUGCCAUACCAUCCAAUGAAAAAAAAACAUGAUUAAAUUUGAUGUACAAAUUAACCUAAAAUUGACUUGUCUGUAAUGUAUGAGUUAAUUACAAACACUAGGACCAUAUAUAGAUUUUAGUUGGAAAAGGCAGGUAAAUUUAUUUUUAAAUUUUUUUUGGGAGGAUAUGUAAGAAAGAGAAUA